UGUCAUAAACCUAGGGUUGAUUAAAGAGUAAAGACCCUUUUCAACUCCGUUUCUUCCUUCACCGGCCACCGCAAAACUCCGGCAGGUUUCGUUUCUCCGACCACCAGCAAACUGUACCGCAAGGAUUUUAGCACAUAAGAAGAAAUGGGUGAUGAAGGAAUUCCACAAACUCCCAGAAGAACCACUAGAGCAUCAUUGUCUAGCACACUGAAUCCUAAAAAUUCUACAGGGAAGUUAAAAUCAUGUAAUCUGUUGCCUUUGACAAUACAUGAUCUCGCUUAUGGAGACGAAUCAAUUAGUUUAGAUGAUUUGAUUUCUAGUUUACCUGGUAGACGUGCACAAAUAAUUGAAUUGUUACACCUUUUGGGCCCUUUGGAUUCUCCAAUGUUUCCUGUCUUCGUAUAUGGAGGUGCUUCGACUGGGAAAACAAGUUCAAUUCUUCAGAUAUUUAAGCACCUAAAACGUCCAUUUGUUUACUGCAGUUGUAUAACAUGCUAUAGCCCAAGGAUACUAUUUGAAUCUGUGUUGAAUCAGUUAUUGCUUCAUAGAAGGAAUGAAAGCAAUCGUUAUUCAAGUACAAAACGCUGUGAAAGGCCCUCCGACUUUGUAAAUCUUUUGCAGGAGGCUCUUCAUAAUGUGUUAGAUAGUCUGAUGGGGAAUGUGGAGAAAUCAAGCUCGAAGAAGUCGGUGGGAAGGGCUAGGGGAAAAAUGGUUUACUUGGUAUUUGAUAACUUGGAGCUUGCUCGUGAAUGGGACAAGAGUUCCAACAUAUUGCCUUUUCUCUUUAAGCUCUAUGAUAUUCUGAAAAUGCCAGAAGUGGGUUUGAUUUUUCUCAGUAAUGCCUCACCUGACACUUAUUACUCGGACACUGGCUAUGUAGAACCUGUUCCUGUUUACUUUCCUGAUUACACCGACGAUGAACUUCGUCAAAUCUUAAUGAAAAACCAGAAAAACCCAAAGCUAUAUUCCUCAUUUCUCGAAGUGGUAUUGAGACCAUUUUGUCGAGUUACUAGGCGAGUUGAUGAAUUAUCGACUGCAUUCUCAUCAUUAUAUCAGAUAUAUUGUGAACCUCUUGAUGAUUUAGGCAUUGUUCUAAGUGAAGAUAUGAAAAGAAAACUUUUUUCUCAUCUUCAACCACAUAUUGGACCAUACCUGAACAACACAUUCAAAGUUGAAAGCAGGCUGUCUUCUGAGGCCUCAGCUAAGACGAACAAAUGGAAAGGCAUUGCCAAGAAAAUUGGAGUUUGUGAAUCUUCCAGUGAGAUAGACUUUCAUAUGUCUGUUUGUGCCAAAUAUCUUCUUAUUUGUGCUUUCCUUGCUUCAAGAAAUCCAGCUACCCUUGAUGCAUCCUUGUUUGAUUCAACUGGAGGUUCCAGUAACCAAAAACGAAAGAGGAAGAGCUCGGAGAAGUCCAAAGAGAAGAAGGAAAUUGUAGAGCAAGAAUUGCUCUUGAAGGGACCAGGAACGUUUCCCUUGGAAAGAUUAUUAGCCAUGUGUCAGUGUGUUGUAUCUGUGUCAGAAUGCUUACCUGAUGAAGAAGCAGAAGGACAUGGUGGAUUGGAAGGAGGGAGCUGGUCUAAUGGACUAUUGUCUGAUGCUCUUUUGGAAUUAUCAAGUCUGUGUAAUGCCAAUUUUAUCAGUAAAGCCGGAAGUUGCCCCUUGGAAGGCGCUAAUCGGUAUCGAUCUAUGGUGUCUGAAGCUAUGGCUAUUAAGGUUGCAAAGAGUCUAAAAUUUCCUCUGGCAAAGUAUUUAUAUAGAGGAGGAUGAUAUAGAAGAUGCCUUUUCAUGUGAAAAUGAUUUUGCAUGUCAAGCUAGAGCAACAUGUGAACAUGAUGCUGUCAACAAUGUGACGUCACCUAACCAACCCCUGUGGCAUGGUGAAUGUACUAUUAAGAUUCUACUUAUUUGUAUCACUCAUUAUUGUAUACUCAGUGGCGAGAGGCUUAAGUGUAAGUUGAUUGGUUGUACUCCAUGAAGAACAAUGAAACAGUAUCAUCUAUCGAAAUAUUUGACUAUCAUGGAACAUGUUAGUGAUUAAUUGCUUUCUAUGAUUUUUCCUGUAUAAGAGUCUUACGGAAGUCCAUUACUUAGCAGCCAUUAAAUGAUUCAAAUUCGAUUCCUAAACAUGGUCAGUCACAUCUGCUGUAAUUGGUGCUAUAGAUUCAUGAAGCAUGUAUAUUUUACUGGAA